ACUGGAGUGUCUGACAGGAGCCUCCCAGUGCUUCUUCCUCUGCAAACGACUCCCAGCCUCUCCUCAGAGCGCCGACGCACAGCCCCAGUCCACAGCAGGGAGGAAGCGUGUGGGAAUCCGUAGCGCUCUCUGUAGCAUGAGCCAGCUGCUCUUUCCCUGUUGUGGAGUGAGAGCGGGCUGCCUUCCCUCCUUUUAAAUGUGUAUGGUGAUAUUCGCUCCGCUUUUUGCCAUUUUUGCAUUUGCAACAUGUGGAGGGUACUCUGGUCAGCUGCAGGUUAACAUGGACUGCCUCAACAAGACGGACAGCAACUUCAGUAUCACCAUCAACUUUGCAUAUCCGUUCAGGUUGUACCAGGUGUACUUUGAUGCCCCCAUGUGUGAAGGGAAGAGGCGGGAGCGGCUGUUCCUGGAUGGGGAUUUCUCCUCCUCGGCGGAGCUGUUUGUCACCACUGCCGUCUUCGCCUUCAUAUACUCCCUGCUAGCCACCGUGGUCUACAUCUUCUACCAGAACAAGUAUCGCGAAAACAACCGGGGGCCUGUGGUCGACUUCAUCGUGACCAUGGUCUUCUCCUUCACGUGGCUGGUUAGUUCUUCUGCCUGGGCCAAAGGUUUAGUUGAUCUCAAGGAGGAGACGGACCCCGAGAAGGUGCUGCAGCUGAUCUCUGCCUGUAAAAUCAGGGCCAAGUGCAGACCUGUUCAGGAGCCUGUCUGGUCAGGCCUUAACAUAUCUGUGGUCUUUGGCUUUUUCAACUUCAUCCUGUGGGCUGGCAACAUCUGGUUUGCUCGCAAAGAGACUGGGUGGCAGCACUCAGGCUAUCACAGGUAUCCCGCAAGGAGCGCCUCGGAGAAGCAGAGCAGCCGAUUCAGCCGGCAGCCCUACUCCCAGAGCAGUUUUGAGGAGCACCCCAGUUUCGACCAGUCAACGGGAGGCUUUAUCACCCAGCACGCUGUUCUGGGGCAGCAGUCUAGCUACAACCAGGUGGGCAGCUGUGUGUCCAGUGGGCCCAUAAAUUUUGCUGGGCAGAUAUAGCAUUGAAUGCUUCCCCUGAUGGGCUGUAAUUGAAGGCUGUUCUAGGUCAUGGGGGACUGAGUGGCGUGGACCGGUACACCACUCAGUCAAGCCCAUUUUCUUGUGGUUUUACUGACCAUAGAACAGGGCUACAUCCUGGGGGCCAAAUGCAAUCUGUCGUAGAUGCACUCUUGGUUCUUUGAUUUUUGAGGAGCAAAAAAAAAAGUUGUGUUCCAGUGCAUGAAAAGAAUGUGACUCUAGCCAGGUAUGUAUCUUCAGUGUCAGCAUACCUCCCAAUACACAACAAUAAGUACACAUACAAUAUAUAGUGUAGAAUAUUUUACGAAGGCUUCUGCUUUGUUUACACAUAUGUACAAUCCAUACUGUUUAUACAUUUACAUAAAUAUUAAGUGGAAAUUUGGCCCAUCUACACAUCUUUUUAAAAAGAAUCUAGCCCCCAGGAGCAAUGAUCGAGAGAUUUCCCUGCAUACACCAGGGAGGAACAGUACCCCUGAGCCCAGAUUCAAAGGUCAAUGUGCAAUAGACUGUGUGUUUCACACCAAUUAACUAAUAAGUAUUCUACUUAUUAGUUUACUUCUUAAUAUUAUUAGUUCAGUUGAGACAAAUUAAUGAAUGUAAAACAAGGAGAACAGUAACAUUUGUAACAUUACAUGUUACUGCAUUACAUACAUUACAUGAUUGGUGCAUUUUGAAGUUGAAGGAUGAAGUUGGACUUUGUUGUGGUUAGAUUCAGGCCUGGACUCAAUCAAAAUUCAUUCCUCAUUUGAAAUAUUCGAUUGUGAAUUUUUUUUCAUCAAAGUUAAUGUUGGAUAAUUCAUGAAAGUUUAUGAAGAUGAAACAUUCGAAUGUACCUGUACACAACAUCAUUUAUGAACAUUUCAUCAGGACAAUCGAUUGAUUGAUUUAUCCUGUGACCUGAGUCUGACCAUUUGUUUUGAAUAAAUUCGUUUUUUAACUGUUUUUAUCUUUUCAGCUUCAGCUUCCAGCACGUUUUUUUCUGUGGGAAGUUAUACACCACAGACCUUUUUAAUGGCUUUGUUUAUUUCACACAAAUUGAUCCUUUGUAUUUGUAAGAUUUUAUUGUUAUUGUUGGCAAAGUGCAUGAAAUUGUGCAGUUAGUAGUUGUUACCUGUUUGAAUUUUGACAUUUCAGCCUUUGAAAAAAGUACUUCACUAAAAUAUUAAUUUUAUUUGCACACUGAUUUGUGUUUUAAUAAAAGUGAAAUAAGUAAGUGGAUAGUAUUUACAAGUUUCUGGCACAUGCUACCCGUCUAUAUGAAGAAGUAACAUCUGUUGUUGUGAAUUUAUUAUGCUGGUGUUCAUAUUGUAUAGGGAUUAAAUUGUUUUAUGUACUCUUUGUUCAUAUUUAUUUUAUUUAAAAAUUAAUACUGCACCCAGUCUGCUAAAUAAUGGCAAAUAAUCUUUAAAAGGCACAUUAAAUCUACAAGACCUUAACCAUCUUUAAUGAGAGAUGAAUAUCUCAAACGUUAAAGCCUGUCUCAAGAUUAACUGCCUUGUCUAAUUAUAGUCAGUUUCCAUGCACUUUCAUAUUCCCUUAAUCACACUUCCAAAUACAAAAACUCAUAGUUUCUCAUUUGUCAGUGUUUCUAUUGAAUUAAAAAAAGAAGAAUUCAGUCAAUAUUGAUUUUGACUAUUCAGAUCACAUGACUGGUCUUGUCACAGCACAUUAAAUUAAAAAUUGGGAUUGGUUUCAUUGCUGUAGCCUACUGAACUUGCUCAAUGAUGUUACAUUAUGUGAACAUGUCAGAAUCGAUAUACUUCUAACCUGUGAACAAUUACAGAAUGUGAAUGCUUAUUGAAAAUGAAUUAAAAGUAAUAUUAAUUAAUAUGCAGAAAA